AUGGUGUUCAGCUGGGGCCUAGGGAACGGCGGGCAGUUGGGUCACCACGACGAAGAGAACGGGUCCUUUCCACGUGAGGUGUCGGCCCUGCGAAAGAAACCAUCUGUAAUCAUAGCCGUGGGCAACGGGGAGUCGGGUCGAUUGGGCUUGGGCAACGAAAACUGCUGCAACAUUCCCAAGAGGAUCAACAUCAAGAAGAAGGUGGUGGGGGUAUCCUGUGGAGAUGAACACUCGGCCGUCUUCACAGAGGCGAACACGGUGCUGACGUGGGGCAACGGCACCGGGGGACGAUUAGGAACGGGGGACGAGAUUUCUCGAACACAGCCCGUACUGCCAGAGCACAAGGUCGCACAGAUCAGCUGUGGUUCCGAUUGGACGGCAGUGCUCACACUGGCGGGCAAGGUGUUCACGUUCGGCGUGGGGUCCUACGGCAAGCUGGGGCAUGGCAACGACAGCAACCAGUUGGUGCCCAAGCUCGUGGAGGAGCUGGAUACGGAGCGGGUGGUCUCGCUGUCCUGCGGCGCCGACCACAUGGCUGCACUCAACAUUGAGGGCGACGUGUUCACGUGGGGGUGCGGAGGCAAUGGGCGAUUGGGCCACGGGUCGGAGCGGGACAGCAAGAAGCCGGUGCUGGUGAAGGGCAUGAACGGCCUGGUUGCCCUCACGGUUGAGUGUGGCGGCUACCACAUGGGCGUCACCACCCUGGAUGGGGAGCUCUACAUGUGGGGGUGGAAUGUGUACGGCCAGUGUGGACUGGGCCUCCACGUGGAAAAUCAGCUCACGCCCGUCCUAGUCGAACAACUACGAGGCAAGAGGGUGCUGAUGGUGGCUUGCGGAGAGAGCCACACGAUGGCCCUCGUCUCGAACAACAGCAGCUGA